AUGAAUUCAACCGCGGUCACAGAUGAAACUUACUAUGUACAAAAUCUGAUUGUUGGUCUGCUCGGUGUGGCCAAUAUUGUUCUCGGGCUGACUGGAAGUGUAAUUUGGUUGAUCUACUUGAGUUGUAACACACGGGGUCAGCAUCGGCUACCACCACACGGUUCAGGUGACCUGCCGGAAACACAAAAGUCAAACUGUGAUCCAGCCCAAACCGAAUCAGAUGUGCGGUAUGAGUGGCCUGUGUGUCCAUUGCGUCGUUCCACACGCCUCUUCAUGAUAACUAUGUGUUUAAGUGACCUCCUGGGUCUGUUUACCAGUAAUCUACGUUUUACCGUGCUCUCAUUGACCAGGUCGGAUAUGCGUUUGAAGUGGGGGGACAAUUUGUGUCGAUUGCAAAUUCUUCUUGCCUAUCUAGCUGGAGAUAUGGCCACUUGGUUACAAAUGAUCGUGUGCAUGGAACGAUUUCUCAUCAUUCUACGGCCCACAUGGUCUUACAGCCUCGAUCGAAGUCGUAUUCGACCGGCCAUUGCACUGAUCUUGACCGUCUUGAUGGCCACAUUGAUAGCGAAUGUGUUUAUUGUGCUUCCCGAGGAAAAAGUUUGCGAGAGAAGUUAUAGCAACUUGAUCAUCACAUGGUUUAAAAUGGUUUACUCAUUCCUUGUCCCGCUCCCGUUACUGUCUAUUUCUCUUAUCGGAGUGACUGUCCUACUAAUCAUCCGGACACAAUCCACCUGUUUAUCAGGUCCACUGAAAAAACUUUUCCCAAAUCGGGGUAGCAUUGAAAACUUUCCAUCGGAAGCGAUCUAUGCUUCACAGUUGAUGCUUAUCAUGGGUUUAGUAACCCUGGCUACCUCCUUGGCUAUUCUAAUCAAUGUGACACAACAUGCCACUUACUGUUGCACUUUGACCGCGUUCACAAAUGGCACAUGGGAAGAUUUGCGCUUCAAUGCGAUCAGUUUAUCCUUCUAUACGGCUAUUUGUGUUCGUUCUUGUAUGCUCAUAGUGAGUUCGUCUCGCACGCGUGGGGAUAUUGGACAAAUUGUCCGAUUACUGGUCAGAUGUGUUCCCUGUCGGCGGAUUCGUUGCAGUCUUUGA